AUGCAGGCGGAGGAAGUGGGCCACGCUGAGAUGCGGAUAGAAGCGUAUAGGAUUGUUUCUCUCGGGGGCCCCAUCCCACACAAGAUCGAGUCCAUCACGACAUACCGCACGCUCGUGUUUGUGGGUACCAGUGACAGCAAGGUGCUUGCGUACCGUGUCGGAGCCUGCAACGGGAGCGCAGCACCGCUGACCCUACUGCAGGAGAUCACGGAUAGCCGACGGCAUGCCGUGCGACAGCUAACCGUCAUUGGUGGGCGUCGCCUACUAGUGCUCGUCGGGGACGUCAUUGCUGUCUACCAUAUCCACGACGAUGCGGCUUCCUCUGGGAGCGGGUUUCAGCUGCGAGACGUCACAACCAUCACAGGACUGAAAGACACCAUCGCGUUUCACGUGAAGCAGCACCGGGGUAUCGUCUCCAUGGCGGUGCUGCAGCGCAAGCGCGUCACCUUCUACGAGGCGUCACACACAAAUCUUGAUUUUCUGCUAAGUGUAACAGCUCCGCUGCCGGACGGGGUCAAAACUCUGAGCUGGAUGGGACGCAGCAUCGUGCUUGGUGGGCGCAAGGAGUACUUGCUCUGCAACCCCUCCACCGCCUCCACCUCGACCCUCUAUCCAACACCGCGGUCUGGCGCGACGCCGCUUGUGCUGCCCAUGGCACCUGUGCCAGAGGUCCUCGUCGCCGGCGACGGAGCGGGUUUGCGUGCACUCCUCUACGACGGCAGCGAGGUGCCCGGCGACUCGCGUGUGCUGUGGGCGACACCGCCGGCGGAGGUGCGCUACGAGCACCCGUAUGUCGUUUCUUACCAUCCGUCAGCGCCGCACCAGACCUUGCAGGUGCGUCUUCCUCUGCUUACCACGCUGGAGGACGCCACCGCCUACCCGCGGAGCUGUCUCUACCAGACGAUUGACCUCCCAAAGGUGGUGAAAGUAGCGCAGUGCCACUGGAUCGACUACGACUGCGCCAUGCCCUCCAAGACUGCACCUGCAGAUGUGCUUUCACACUCCCCUAUCGUCAUGGCCGACGCCGACCAUCGCCUCUACCUGCUCGCGCGCACUUCAGUGACAGACCAGGCGGAGGCCCUCGCCGCCGCAAAGCUGUUUGCCGCCGCCGAUCUACUGUGCCGCCUCUGCCCGCACGAAGUAGCGCCGAUGACGCUGCGGCGAAUUGCGAUGGCCGGGGCACUGCACAAGUUCAUUCGCCACCAAGACUAUGUUGGCUGCUUCCACGACCUCAGCUCCGUCGAGUCGGACCCUCGCGUGGCAAUCCAGCUCUUUCCAGGGUUUCUGCGCCCUGACGAAGCUACACCCAGUUGCCCAGUACUCCCUCUUGCGGCCCCUGCCACUGUCGUGGCGGCUGCGCUCCCAGCGUUGGCGGACUACCUGCAGUCGCAGCGUGCCGCGUUGGCGCUGUGGAGCGGCUGUGCUCCAGCUGAGCCGGUGGCGUUGCAGCUCAAAGCUGUGGACAGGGCACUUGUGAUGUCUUUUUGUGCCAUGGAAAGGGAGGAAGCGCUGAUGGAACUACUCCGUGGCGAGAACGCCUGCGAUGCUGCAGACGUAGCAGUUAUCCUUCGCGAGCGCCGGCAGUGGGUGGCCCUCACGCUGCUGCUGGAGGCACACGGCCGAUACGAGGAGGCCGCAUCGCAGCUGCGCGACCUCGCAAGCACGCGCGAGGCGGGGACUGAGGUGCUGCAGUCACAGAGAGGCGCGCUGAAAGAGUUGUUUCACCGACACCCAUUCUCUGAAGCGAGGGGGGACGCCUACGUUCCACAAUGCAUUAUACAGGAAUGGCUCACGUCGUGCUCCUCUGCGCAUCUCCUCUCGGCCUCCGACAGCACAGCGUUGUGUACGGCCGCGACGGCGAUGAUGACCGCGCUGAACUUUUUUCGGCGGCGGCCGCUGGCUCAAUUUUAUUCGCUCUUCGAGCAACACUCAUCCUGGGUGCUUGGCACGGUGCCGGCUGAGAGUGCGGUGCGCAUCUUUUUCUCCGAAGCGAGCGCACCCCACUACAGUGCCGCACUGCAGGUGCUCCAAACCUACACCGAGAAUCCCAGCACCACACCGCGGGUGAUGCUGCUUGUGGAGUACCUUUUCCAGCUUUUCUCAGACGCGCGCGUGCAGGUAACGGAGCCUGCUGUGUACGAGCGCUAUUGGCGGGGACUUGGUGAGCUGCUCUUCGCCUCCCCAGUCAAAACCGUUACGGCCGUGGAAGAGCGUCAGCGCCUGCGCGACCGCCUGCGUGAGUUCCUGCUCACUUCACCUCACGUGAAUCUAGAGUCCGCCGAGGCCUACUUCGAUGCAGCGGACAUACGGCUCGAAUGUCUGCCCGAGCGGGCUGCCGUGCACAGGCGUAAGGGUAGCCACCGCGCGGCCAUUACGAUGUUUCUGAAGGAGUCUGAACGCCUGGCUGACGCGACUGCCUACGCUAGAAGCGUCUAUGCUGAUGGAAGCAGCGACGCCUAUACAGCGCUUCUCGAGGCGCUGCUCAGGCCUGCUGCGGGCACCCCGCGAGUGACGGAGGCGCUCGAGGUCAUGAACACGUGUGACGGUGUAGACGCUGCCGCCGUGCUGCCAAUGCUGCCAGAUGAAAUGCCGUUUGCGCAGGCGAGCAGUUUUCUGCUGCACGCGCUACGCGCCAACACGACGGCGUACCGUGCAUCCGCUGUGUACAGCGCUAUCGUAAAGGCGAAGACACUGCAGAGUCAGGAGAGCUGCAUUCGCCUUUCCUCACGUGCCGUCGUCCUCGAGGAAGGGAUGGUGUGCCCGGUGUGCCAGCGCAGGCUCCGUCCGGAUACGGUACUCACGGUGUAUCCCAACAAUGUCGUUCUGCAUCAGGGAUGCACAAGCGAUGAGCACGUGUGUCCAGCAACUCUACGAGACUACCGCCACGACGCGUAUGCAGCUCUCGAGGACUUGUAG